AUGAACUUACAACAGAUUAUGAGACCCAGCUCAAUUAGCGCAGACGGCAUCAAGGUCUUCGCUGGCGCUGAGCAGGAUGCCAACCUCUUCUUCAUCACCGUCGAGGCCAAGCUCAUCGCCGCUGGCAUCGACGCUGGCAUCAUCGCCGAGGGUGGUGCUGACCACCAAGGAGACGGGCAGGCUCCAGCAGCUGCCUCAUCGCCGAGCCCAAGCACCCACGGUGCUUCGGGUCCCCGCACUCGCUCCCGCGCUCAACGCGGCCCUCGCCGCACUGGCGUCCGCCACGACGCGGGGGACCACGACGACGAUGACGACGACGAGGGCGAUGGCGACGACCACGGCGCUCACCCAUCUUCCUCCUCUUCCUCUCUCCCUUCUUCCGCCACUCCGAGCGGAGGAGCGCAGGUGGCGUCCCGAGCCUCUGGCCUGCUGGAUCCCCCGGCAAGGACCACGUCAGUCGUCCCUUCUUCCGCCACUCCGAGCGGAGGAGCGCAGGUGGCGUCCCGAGCCUCUGGCCUGCUGGAUCCCCGUGAUCCACAGGUUGACGCAGCCAUCUUCGCGUUCCUCCUUGGCGUCCUGACAGGACACCCGUUGCGGCUGGCCAUCACCGACAACCGUGGCCGCUCCGGUGUGCUUGCGCUGCGCCGCCUCCGCGAGCGCUACAUCCGCAGCGGCAAGGACCACGUCAGUCGUCUCAGGCAGCAGCUCUCCUCGACCACCUGGUUGCCCACGGACACCGUCGACACGUUCAUGUCCCGCAUCACGGACAUCAACUCGCAGCUCCUUGCUGCCGGCGUGUCCAUCCCGGAGGACGACCUGCGCACCCUCGUCCGCAACGAACUCCCCGCAGAGUUUGAUGUGGCGAUGCGGUUCAUGGAGCGCGAGGACCCGCCGCCAUCGCUGUCCAAGAUGACGGCGGACCUCAUCCAGGAGGAGCGCCGCCUGCAUCGUCCCAAGAAGCGCACGCCUGUGCUCGCCAUCGGUGGGCCAAGCCCCGGCUCCUUCGCUGCAUCGCCGAUGCACGCUGGCACGUCGCCCUCCGACACGAGCGGUGGACCAUGCUGUCCACCUGCAGAGCGCGUGACUUGCGCGUUCUGCAACUUCCGCGGCCACUGCGCGCAGCAGUGCCGCAAGCUGCAGGCGGCCAAGCGCUACCACGUCAUCGACGUGCGGCAGAUCCUGGCUACGCUUCGCAACCACGGCAACGGCAACGGCAAGCGGCCAGGAUCCUCUCGCCCGCAGCACGGACGAGCAGCUCCAUUCAAGAAGGCGGCCGUCGUCAGCCACGGCCCUCAGCGCGUGGAGACCUUCGCCAUCCACCACGAUGCCCUCAUGCUGCAGCCCGAGGGCGAGGAGGGCCACGCCAUCGGACCAGUGCCACCACAGCUGUGGCUCGCUGACAGCGGUGCCACGGCGCACAUCACCAGCGACGCCUCCCUCCUCACCAACUACGUCGCCGUCACGCAGCACGUCACCGUUGCCAACAGCCAGACCGUCACGGUCAUCGGCAAGGGCGACGCCGUGCUCCGCGUGACUGGUGUUGUGAUGCAACUGUACCGCCUGACUACCGUGUGCUUUAAGUAG